AUGACGGACCAAAAGCAGCCUCAGUCGGCCAGCAAAGGCCAGGAGACCAACAAGAAUGAGAUGGACCUCACAACCAUUCUCGAUGAGAACCAACGCGCCGACCUCACACUCCUCAUUGCCAAAUUGACUGAGUCCAUGCGGAAACUAAUUCAAGACAACUUCAACUCAACAGCCGGUCUCAACAAAGCUCUACUCCGCGAGGGAAUGAGCGAAGAUGAAAAGAUGAUGGCCGCCGAUCCGCACGCCGAUGUCUCGGCGUUCGACCGCGAACGCAAACUCAAAGAAGAAAGCGACAAGGACUUGGCCACGGCAAAGAUGAAGAAUCUCAAGAAAGACGCCCUGAAAGCGUACGAUGACUGGCGCGAGCAUGUCAUCAUGCGCGUAGGCGAGGUCGUCAACAGUGGCCGGACCGCGAAACAGCACGUGAAAAAGAGUGCCGGCAAAGCCGAUACAUCGAAGCCGACGGCGCCUAUGACGACGGGCAAGGUGAUGGAAGCAGGCAACAAAGCAGUGAAUCUGAAAUUCAAAGACCUCUUCCCCCCAGCCAGGACGCCGCUUACCAAGAUGGCCAUGAAGGAGCGUACGUUGGUACUGCAUUCGAUAUUGUUGUUGUUGAUUAGUCUCGAACAUUACAACGCGUACAGUCGUGUCCUUAUGCUCAAUUUGACGUCGUCGCUUAAAUUGCCACUCAAAACGUUCGAGCAGGACGAGUACACGACUGCCAAGGGUCUGCUGGAGCACGCUCGCGAAAUGACCGCCGACGAAGCGAUGGAAGCCAAGAUCGAAGCGAACAAGGAUUCGAGGCGGCGGAAGGUGGCGCUUGCAACGGCCGCUGGCGCCGCAAUCUUGGGAGUGUCGGGCGGCCUUGCCGCUCCUCUUGUUGCGGCCGGCGUGGGCAGCGUGAUGGGCGGGCUGGGCCUCGGUGCGACGAGCGCAGCGGCUUAUCUGGGCAGUGUAGCGGGGAGUACUAUGCUUGUGGGCGGUCUAUUUGGCGCAUAUGGUGGCCGGAUGACAGGCCAGAUGAUGGACCAGUAUGCGCGGGAGGUCGAGGAUUUUCAGUUCCUGCCUGUGCAUGGCGCCAGUGAUAAGCGCACGAGUGAGGACGAGGACGAGGGCGCCAAACAGGCUAGUGAGCAUGAUCAUAAGCUCAGAGUCACGGUAGGUGUGUCCGGGUGGUUGACCGAGAAGGAGGAGGUCGUCAAGCCGUGGCGCGUGCUGGGUACCGGAGCCGAGGUUUUUGCGCUGAAGUUCGAACUCGAGGCCCUUUUGAAUCUAGGGAAUGCGAUGAACGGCGUCGUGCAGAGCGCUGCAUGGGGUUAUGCGCAGAGCGAGAUUGUCAAGCGUACGAUCUUUGCCGAACUGGCUGGUGCGAUGUGGCCGGUCGCGCUGAUGAAGGUGGCGCGCGUCAUAGACAAUCCGUUCAGUGUGGCCAAAACUCGAGCGGAGAAGGCGGGAGAGGUGCUUGCCGACGCUUUGGUGAACAGGGCGCAAGGUGAAAGGCCCGUUACGCUCAUCGGAUACAGUCUCGGCGCGAGGGUCGUGUAUACGUGUCUUAUGAGCCUGGCGAGACGGGGCGAGUUUGGAAUCGUCGAGAACGCGGUGCUGAUUGGAAGCCCGACCCCAAGUGAUACGAGUGACUGGCGGGUAUUGCGCAGUGUGGUCGCUGGACGCCUGGUGAAUGUGUACAGUAAGAAUGAUUAUGUGUUGGGAUUCAUGUACAGGACUAGUGCGGUGCAGUUUGGGGUGGCGGGCCUGCAGAAAGUCGAGGGUCUGAGUGGCGUGGAGAACUUUGACGUCUCGGAGGAUGUGAGCAGCCACCAGCGGUAUAGGUAUCUCAUUGGGGCGAUUUUGAAGAAGAUCGGGUUCGAGGAUAUUGAUAUGGAUGCCGUGGAGAGGGAGAGGGAGUUGCUUGCGGAGAUGGAGGAGAAAGAGAGAAAGGAGUCGCUUGCGAGUCAGAAGAGGUGGUUGACGCGACGCGAGAGUACGGGCGGCAAGGAGGAUGAAGCUGCUGAGGCGGAGGCGGAGGCCAGUGAGCUGGAGAAGAAGGUCCAGGAUCAGACGAAGAAGACUCUGGUCACCAGGGCCAUUGAGUAUUUCUACGUGCCAAAUCUACCGAGUAAGAAGGAUGUGGACAAGGCUCCUGGGAACGUGCAGAACGUGGCCAAAGACCCGACCCAAGCAGGGAACGUGGGAGCAGGGAACGUGGCGGGCCAGACUGCAAAGGACGCGCAGGCUUCGACAGAGAGCUAUGCGACGAGGUUGUACAAGAGUCUGCCUAGCAUGCCGUAUACCAGCAAGACGACGCCGGCCGGCGCCGCUCAGCAAAAGGCCUCCCAGGACGUGAAAAGGCCCGGUGAUCAGGCAGGGAAGACCACAAAAGGUGCCACCGACCAAGGACAGAGCUACAUGUCGCAGGUAUCGUCGUAUCUGCCUUCUCUAUCCUCACUCAGAAGUGGCAAGGAACAGCGAGAGCGGAAGACACCCACUGGCAAGACCAAAGAGUCAGCAACGAAAGCAGCUGAUACCACUGCAUCCACCGCAAAAGGCACAGCGGGGGCCGUUUCUGAGACAGCGACCACAACAGUGAAGAACACUCUCAACCCGAAGGACAAUCCAGCUCUGAAGUCAACAAGGCGAGUUGCAGACAAAGCACCAAUCAUACACCAAGCUAAGGAUCGGGCGCCACAACCUGUCAAGGACAAGGCAGGAGACGUGUCAGAUGCAGUGGGCACCACAGCCCAGAAUACGGGCCAGACCGUGCAGAAAGGUCUGGAUACGACGGCUGGCAAGGCGGGCGACGCAGGUAAUAUUGCCGUAGGAGGAGGACAAGACGCGGCGAAAACAGCCCAACAGACAACCCAGAAGGGACUUAACACUGCGACUGGCAAGGCUGGCGAUGCUGGCAAAGCAGCCACAGGACAAGCGCAAAAUGCAGCAAAGGCAGGGCAAACUUAUACCUCCAGAGCAGCGUCAUACUUGCCUAGUAUGCCUAGACUCGGUUUUGGUGGCCGUGGUGCGGACAAGAAAGCUCCCCCAAAACUCGAGAAGCGGGCAUCGUCAUCGAAGAACGUCAAUGCUCAGAGGCCGAAGCUGGAUAAGACACCGUCCAGGGCUGGUGAGAAAGCAAGACCGCCAAAAUUGGACAGACUCCCCUCGGGAAAGUUGGAAAGGACACCGUCAGGAAUCAAGUCUCCACCUGGGAAGCUCGUGAGACAAGCCUCAGGGAUGAAGUCGCCACCGGCGAAACUUGAGCGACUCUCUUCAGGGGCCAAGUCGCCACCAACAUCUGUUCCGACGCCGGAUCUUGUAAGACAGGUGUCCGGCGCGAAGUCGCAGCUUCCUAAACUUGGGCCGCGGAGAGCAUCAAGCCAGCAGCAAGCCGUCAGGUCACCGUCUGGAGGUGAAGGACAGCCAGGUGCACCUUCUGCUGAAUCGAUUGGCGAAAGGUUGGCGAGCAUUCCAUCCGGAGCGACGGGUGCUGCGCAGGGGGCCGGUGAAAAAGCCAAGGGUGCUGUUUCAGGCCUAAAGAGUCCGAGUGAGUCAAAGCAAAACAACGAGGGUAAGGAGAAGGUUGGAGCAGCUGGGCCGACGUCGCAAGAUCCCGGCGCCGAUGUCUCUCAGGGUGUUUAUUCUAGCGCGUCGAAAGCCGCAGGCAAAGCAACAGAGGUAGGCCAGAGUGUUGGGUCGACUGCCACCCAGGGCGCUGGAAAGGCAACGGACGCCGGUAAGAGUGCUGGUACGGCUGCGGUGGGAGCUGCUGGAAAGGCAGGUGAUGUUGGGAAAGGCGCGGCGCAGCAAGGUGGGAAGAUGCUUUCGAGUACUGGGAAGUUCGUUGGGUUCGGACGGUGA